GCCUUUUUAACGCAAGGAUCCUCCAAACAUCGCCAUUCUCACUCGCCAUUUGUUUUCAUUUCAAAAUUCAAAUAUUCUCUCGAACACUCUCAAUUUCUAUCUCGUUGUCGACGACGAAAUCUCUUUCCUCAGAGCUCCACCGCCAUGGUUGUCGCGCAGAAGGUGAAAGAAGCGGAGAUCACCGAGCAGGAUUCCCUUCUACUGACGAGAAAUCUGUUGCGGAUAGCGAUUUUCAAUAUCAGCUACAUCAGAGGCUUGUUUCCAGAGAAGUAUUUCACCGAUAAAAACGUUCCUGCUUUAGAGAUGAAGAUCAAGAAGUUGAUGCCUAUGGAUGCUGAAUCUCGUCGACUGAUUGACUGGAUGGAGAAAGGUGUCUACGACGCAUUACAGAAAAAGUACCUGAAGAUGCUUUUGUUCUGUGUAUGCGAGGCAAUAGACGGACCGAUGAUCGAGGAGUACACAUUUUCCUUCAGUUACUCUGAUUCUGAUAGUCAAGAGGUCUCCAUGAACAUCAACCGAAUUGGAAACAAGAAAAAGGGAGGAAGCUUCAAGUGUAACUCCGUGGCUGAAUGCACUCCUAAUCAGAUGAGGAGUUCAGCUUGUAAAAUGGUGCGCACGCUUGUUCAGUUGAUGAGAACUCUUGAUAAGAUGCCGGAGGAGCGCACUAUCCUGAUGAAACUCCUCUACUAUGACGAUAUCACGCCUCCAGACUACGAGCCACCAUUUUUUAAGGGAAGCUCAGAGGAAGAUGCCCACAAUCCAUGGACUAAAAGUUCUCUAACGAUGGAGGUUGGAAACGUCAACAGCAAGCAUUUUGUGUUGGCUCUCAAGGUAAGAAGUGUGCUCGAUCCAUGUGACAAUGGAAAUGAGGACAUGGAAGAAAAUGCUGUGAACUUAGGAGCUGAUUCUGAUCCAGGCAGCGACUCUUCUGACGAAUCUGACAGUGAGGGUAAUGUAUCAGAAGACCGGUACAUAGUAGCACCAGCCGGCAAGCAGCAGCAAACAGAAAUAUAUUCUGGCAUCCCUGAUCAAGAUGAUACUCAAGAUCCGGAGGAAGAUGAGCAACAGCUUGCUAGGGUGAAGGACUGGGUUAAUAGUUACCAUCGUGAUACCAUUGAACUAACUGAUAUCCUCUCCCAUUUCACAGAUAUCACAGUGAUGUUGACCGAAGAAAUCAUCGACAAGCUUGUGAACCAAGGUGUUCUAUCAAAAGCAGGAACGGAUCUUUACACCAUAAACAAGCAGAAGCAGACAUCUGAGUUCGACUUCACGAUGGUCAAAGAAGAAAUGGAAGGCCAAGCAGCACAACUCGGAGAUAAAACCACACAGGUCGAUGAUUACUUGUACAUGAAGGCUCUGUACCACGCGCUUCCCAUGACCUACGUGACAGUACCAAAGCUUCAGAGUGAACUUAAAGGAGAAGGCUGCAAUCUGACUGCCGUGCGAAAACUGAUGAACAAGAUGACCAACGACGGUUACCUUGAAGCGAAAGGCAGCCGCAGAUUAGGCAAGCGUGUGAUCCACUCUUGGACGACUGAGAAGAAGCUCAUGGAAGUGAAGCAAGCCCUUUUCCAAGGCGACCCAAUGGAUCUCGACGCUAAUGAAAAUCAAACGAGGACAGCAGCGCAACCAGAAGUGCCUACAUCCGGAACUGAACAUAGAGACAAUAAUAACUCAACCUGCGGAGCUGUCCAUUCGGUGGGUUCGGAUUUGACCCGGACAAAGCUGGGAUCUAUCCGGACUGAGCAGACUGUCUCGAAGCCUAGGGAACAUGGGAACACCCCAACUAGCAGGGCUGCUGCUGAGCUGGUUGCUUCGAGGGAGAGUGGAAAUGUGGAAGCUGCUGUCUGCAGCAGAUCUUCUCAAGACAGGAAAGGCAGGAAAUCCAGCACGAUGGAGUCGGAAAAGAAGGCGAAGAGCGGUGGUGGUGGCGGUCCGGAGCUGAAGCACUUGGGGAUCGUGAGGCUGGCGGCGAUCAAGGCGCUGGUUACCGUCUCCAGUCUGUACGGCUACGCGAAGCAGAACUCGGGGCCGCUGAGAUCCACUGUCGGCAACGUCGAAGGCGCCGUCGCGUCCGUCGUCGGUCCUGUCUACCAGAAAUUCAAAGGCGUCCCCGAUCAUGUCCUCGUCUUCUUCGACAGGAAGGUGGACGAAGCUUCAGCCAAGUUCGACAAGCAGGCACCACCAGCAGCAAAGCAGGUAGUCAGCCAAGCCCAGUCCCUGUUUCACUCUGCAGCCAAGAAGGCCGAGAAGCUUGUGAACGAGGCUCGGACGAAAGGUCCCAAAGCCGCCUUCAUCUACACAGUGACGGAGACCAAGCACGUCGUGGUGAGUAACUCUGUGAAGGUGUACUGCAUUCUCGACAGGUAUCCUUCUGUCCACUCGAUUGCGGAGUCCACUCUGCCGACUGCAGCACAGUGGUCGGCGAAGUAUAAUCAGACUGUGAAGGGCUGGAGCCAGAAGGGUUACCCUCUGGUCGGUUACUUUCCCUUGGUGCCGGUUGAUGAGAUCAAGAAGGAGUUCAAGCGGGAGAAGGGUGAAGUCAAGAAAGAACAUGCGAAUGGAGGAACUAAGCAUAAGAAGGAUAGCGAUUCGUCGUCGGAUUCGGAUUAGGAAUGUCUCUGAAAUGUUUGGACCGUGGUUGUUGAUGGUGAAACUGAUGGUUAGACCUCUUUGAGUGUAGAAAAUCUAUAAGCCCUUCCUUAGAAAUGUUUUCUCGAAGAACUGCUUUGGCGUGAAAUGAUAAUGCGAGAGAAUGUUUUCGUGUAAGUAGAGUUUGUUUUAGUUGGGUAGUAUUCGAAAUCG